CAAUGCGAUGCGAGCAGUCCAGUUCCAACACGACAGAUAGAUUCUAGAAUGCUAAUUAAGUGCACACUUAAUUCUUUGUAAUGAUGUGAGUUAAAUACAACAAGACAGUAACAAUGGAGGACAAUGUGUCAACAAAAGUCACGCAGUAUGAGAAGUUUGUCAAUGAAGUCUUAAGAAAAGAUCUCCAGAAAGUCUUGGAGCGCAGGGACGACAUCUACAAGCAGUUAGCGGAUUAUCUGCAAUUGAAAACCACCGUUGAAAAACUUCAGGAUGCUGAUGUCAUUAAGGAAGGACUGAAAACUAAAAUUGACCUAGGAUGCAACUUCUAUGUACAAGCAAAUAUACCUGAUGCAAGUAGGAUCUAUAUCCUGGUCGGGUUUGGAUUCUUUGUUGAGUUCACACUGCCUGAAGCUCUCAAGUUCAUAGACAAGAAAGUGCAACAGUUGACUAGUCAGAGUGAAAAGCUGUCAAAGGAUUCCGCCCAGAUCAAAGCUAACAUCAAGCUCGUCUAUGAGGGUUUGAGAGAGUUACAGAACCUGCAGAAGGACGUAGUUGAUGAAAGAGAUCGCCCUGUUUGGUAAAUGGCUGAAACACUCACUGUAAUUUGUACAGUUAUAAGAAGGAACUAGUGAGAGAACUGUGAAACUGAGCUCCAUAAGCAACUUAUGCUAUUAGGGGAGAGGGAAGGCUUCGCCCUGUUGGGUAAAUGGCUGAAACAAUCGCUGUAAUUUGUACAGUUAUCAGAAUAUAUAGUGAGAAAACUAUGAAACUGAGCUCCAUAACAAACUUAUGCUAUUAGGGGAGAGGGAAGGGUUCGCCCUGUUGGAUAAAUGGCUGAAACAAUCGCUAUAAUUUGUACAGUACAUGGUACUCGGUCAUCAGAAGAAUCGACGAGAGAACUAUGAAACUGAGCUCUUUAAGAAACUUGUGAAUUCAGGGGUGAGUCUAGUGGAGAAAUAUCCCACCUGAGAAGAAGGUGCAGCAUUUUCAACAACACAUCCCGCACUAAGUGCGAGUGUACAGUUGUCAGAAGAGUUAAUUAGAGAACUAUGAACCUGAGAUUCACAAGAAACUUGUGAGUUUCAGGGGAGGAGUGGAGAAGUAUCCUCCGAUAGGCAGCAGUUUCAAUGACAGAUCCUGAUGCUUGUCUCAAGACGUUUCACUUGAAAUGGAAUGACAAUACAGUAAAGGAUAGGAUUAGAGAGCAUGAUAAUAAGAGUUAGAUCAGAUAACUAUAAAACUGAGCGUCACAAGAAACUUGUGCAUUCAGGGGAGAGUGUAAUGAUAAAGUAUCCUCCGCUAAGCAGAAGGGGCAGCAGUUUCAAUUACAGAUCCUGAUGCUUGUCUCAAGACGUUUCAAUUGAAAUGGAAUGAGUAUGACAAUACAGUAAUAAAGGAUAGGAACAGAGAGCAUGCCAAUAAGAGUUUAUAAGAGAACUAUCCUCCGAAGGGGCAGCAGUUUCAAUUACAGAUCCUGAUGCUUGUCUCAAGACGUUUCAAUUGAAAUGGAAUGAGUAUGACAAUACAGUUAUAAAGGAUAGGAACAGAGAGCAUGCAAAUAAGAGUUAAUAAGAGAACUAUGAAACUGAGCUUUCUAAGAAAUUGUGAAUUCGGGGGAGAGUGUAGUGGAAAAAAUAUCCUCGGCUGAGCAGACUGUGCAGCAGUUUCAAUUACAGAUCCUGAUACAUGUCUCAAGACGUUUCAAUUGAAAUGGAAUAACCAAACAGUAAAGGAUAGGAACAGAGAGCAUGAUAAUAAGAGUUUGAGUAUAUAACUAUGAAACUGAGCGUCGCAAGAAACUUGUGAGUUCAGGGGAGAGUCUAGUGGGAAAAAUAGCAGUUUCAAUGACAGAUCCUGAUGCUUGUCUCAAGACUUUUAAAUGGAGACGGAAUGAGUAUGACAAUACAGUGAAUUAUAGGAUCAGAGAACAUAUUAAUGUGAUAAAACAUGCCCCUUCCAGGGGGGGGGGGUAAUCACUUGUUUCAUUCAACUUUCUAUUCAUUGCUGUUUUGUACUAUAUUUUCUUUUGAUUUGUGGCAGAAUAAAACAUAUUCUUU